UUUCAUCAUAAAGGGGGCGAGGCUUUGCUUUGCUUCAGUCAUGCGAGUGCUUGUGGACAGCGACUGAUUGCAUCCUAGCAGGCAGAUCUGCUUGAGAUAUCAAAAUCAAAAAGAAUGAGCUUUGGAAAAGCUAGAAGGCAUCCUUGAUCGCUGAAUCCGUUACUUUUAAAUAACAGAGGAAGCGUGAAACUUCUUCGGGCGUUAGCUGAAAAGGGUGAGACUAAAAUAUGCAGAGCAUAAGCAUCUGAUAAUCUUAUUUUGGUGUAAGAUUGCAAGUUGUUUGGGUUUUAUUUGCUCAGAAGGGGGUUGUACGUACAGUACUGUGUAACUGAAAAAUGGAAAGGCUAAAGAUUCGGAAGAUUUGCUAUGACGCUUUUCAUAUUUCCAAGCAACCGCGUUUCUUCUUGACUUUAAUAAUGUCCAUGCUGUUAUUGCUGGCAAACGCAGACAAUUUGUGCCCUUUUUCCUGUGCAUGCUUUGAAAACACAGAAACUGUCACCUGCCUUAACGUAAAUAUGGAAGACGUACCAAGCGAUUUUCCCUUGUGGGUUCAAACUUUGACUGUGUCUGGUAACAAUAUUACAACCUUAAUUGGGAACGCCUUUACAACAAAUGGGACAUCACUUGAACUUCUAUCGACACUUUCACUUUCUGACAAUAACAUACAGAAUAUUGAAGCAUCUGCAUUUGAAAGACUCCCUAAUCUAAAAGCAUUGGAUUUAAGCAAGAACCACUUAACUUACAUUUCCAGCGAUGCUUUCCGCGGCUUGCGUGAGCUUCGAAAUCUUAGCCUGAAUUCGUGUCUUACAAAAUCUGCGGUGAUCCAGUUGUCAAGUGCGCUGGCAUCGGACAGUUUAGGCAAGCUUAAAAGACUGGAGUUAUCGGCAAAUCACAUUAAAAGCAUCCCACCCUUGAUUUUUGACUCGUUUAACUUGGAAGUCCUGAUUCUAACCAACAACUCUAUUCAAUCUGUGGAAAGAGAAGUAGUGAACAAAUGGUUAGAGAAUAAGAAAAUGCACGUCUACUUGGAAUUUAACCCUUUUGUGUGCGACUGUACGCUCGAGAGUUUGUAUUUGUGGGUGAAAAACUCAUCACAGUGCCCAGACGCUAGCCGCUUAAGGUGCUCUGAACCGGAAAGUGUGAAGGGGACACUAGUGAUGAGGCUUAAAAAAGAAGAGGUCGAUUGUAGAAAUCCGGAUUUGGAAACUGUCUCUUACGUGUUCCUUGGCAUUGUUUUAGCACUGAUAGGAGUAAUUUUUCUUAUGGUUUUGUACUUGAAUAGGGAAGGCAUUAAAAGAUGGCUAAACAACAUAAGAGAAGCUUGUCGUGAUCAAAUGGAAGUGUACCACUAUAGUUUGUCAGCCUCAGGAACAAUUGAAUGUGAGAUACUAAAUGGGGCAGUAAGUUUUUCAGGGCUGGACUACUGUAUAUACAGUACAGUAAAUGUGACAUGGUGCUGCUGGAAUUCACAUGUCUGGAUUGAAUUCAAAAUGAAAUAAUUAAAAUUGCU